GACAAAUCCAUCUUCUUCGUUACUGUCUCUUUCAUCACAGACUUCAAUACAAAACCUUUGAACCUUCCUUUAAAAUAAAUAAAUAAGUACUUUUUUUUUUAUUUUCUCUCAGUUCUGGUCUCUUCACCAUAGAGAAACUUCACAUGGAAUGGUCUUUGUGAGUAGACUCUCUACCAUUGCUUCUUCUUCGGGAUGUGUUUGUUCCAUUUUCGAAGUAACCAAGUGAAGACGAACAGACCCACCCACCCAUUGCAGGUUUGAUUGGUUGUAAGCAAAACUGGCAGUUGUGGAUUCUCCUCUUUCAUGGAUUGAACAACGCUUAAGGAGAAUACUUGAUGGAUUACUUGUCUCAAGAGGAAGAUUUGCAAUUCUUUGAUGCCAAGGAAGAAGAGAUGAUGAAGGCAUCAAAUCCAAGUGGGUUUGAUGUAUGGAAUGAUUCACCUGGAAGUGUUGUUGAGCGGCGGAGGAAGUUCUUGCAGUGGAUGGGAGUCCAAGAAGAUCUUGUUCAACCCAAGUUAGCUUCAGAGAGUUGUGUUGAGGCUGAGCAGAGAUCUGGAGGAUUCAGCUGUUCUUCUAGUCAGGUAUCUUCCUCUGCUUCAAGCCUAGUGGAAGUUUCUGAGGAAUUGUCUCCGAGAGUGGAUGGAUGCGAUGUAACGAGAAGGCAAAGCUCUUCAAUGGCAUCAUCUUCUAGUUCCAGAUGUUGUCAGGUGAAGGAAACAGAGAAGCAGAGCAAUAUCAACAAGGGAUGGUUCACCAGGCUGCGGUCUUUUGGAUGUUCCGCGGAUACAAAGGUCAUAUCAAGUGGUGGAACCAGAGCUUCUUCUACCUAUGGCGGUGAUGUGAUUUCAAGAGUUAAGGUCAAGCAUUGUAAGAAACAGACCAAGGAGCUUUCAGCUCUUUAUCAGAGUCAAGACAUUAAAGCUCACAAUGGUUCAAUCUCGGCUAUGAAAUUUAGCGGCGAUGGGAAGUGUCUUGCAAGCUCUGGUGAAGAUGGGAUUGUACGCGUUUGGAAAGUCAUCGAGGAUAAGAGAUCUAGACCACCAAGGGAUUGCCUUAACCCUUCUUGUAUGUACUUUGAGGUAAACGAUCUUUCCCAGUUGAAACCCGUUUUGUUGGAUGAAGAGAAACCAACAGAAAGUUUCAAGAAAACAUCUGAUUCAGCCUGCGUCGUCUUCCCUCCUAAAGUUUUCCGGAUAAUGGAGAAACCUUUACAUGAAUUCCGUGGCCACACUGGUGAAGUCUUGGACAUCUCAUGGUCAAGGGAUAAUUGUCUUCUCUCGGCGUCAAUGGAUAAAACUGUUCGUCUAUGGCAAGUUGGUAGCAACGAUUGUCUUGGAGUUUUUCCUCACAAUAGUUACGUAACCUCGGUGCAGUUCAACCCGGUUAAUGAGAACUACUUCAUGAGUGGUUCAGUUGAUGGGAAAGUUCGAAUAUGGAACAUUUCUGGUUGCAGUGUUGUUGAUUGGGCUGAUCUCAAAGACAUUAUAUCCGCAGUGUGCUACCGUUCUGAUGGAAAGGGAGGAAUAAUCGGUUCUCUGACCGGAAGUUGUAGAUUCUUUAACAUUUCUGGAGACUAUUUAGAACUUGACUCUCAGAUACACUUGCCUAGCAAAAAAAAGUCUUCUAAUAAACGUAUAACAGGCUUUCAGUUCUUACCAAAAGAUCCGAGCAAAGUCCUGGUUGUUUCUGCAGAUUCCAAAGUCAGAAUUCUUCAAGGCAACGAUGUUGUCAGAAAAUACAAAGGUGUUUGCAAGACGAAGAGCCUCACAUCAGUGUCUCUCACGUCUGAUGGAAAGCACAUUGUUUCAGCUUGUGAGGACUCUAAUGUAUAUAUAUGGAGCAGUGCAGAGGAAUCAGAUUAUUCCUCUCCCAAAAAGAUUCGAUGUUUUGAACGUUUCUCCACCAAUGCAUCAUCCAUUGCAGCAACCUGGUGUGGAUUCUCAGACCACAACGCAUCUCUCCCGUUUUCUUCACCCCCUUGCUUAUCUGUCAACGAAGGAUCAAUCCCCAAAGGAAGCGCGACGUGGCCAGAGGAAAACCUACCCGAAAAUCCUCUUUCAUCCUCUACAAUGACUGCAUCUCACUACAAGUUUCUCAAGUCCUCAUACCAGAGAGCAAGGCAUAGCUCUCUAGCUUGGGGUAUGGUCAUUGUCACAGGCGGUUGGGACGGACGGAUCAGAACAUUUCAGAACUACGGCUUGCCUGUGACUGUAACUUGAAUAUAUAAAACCGGUUUUAUUUCCUAACUUGGGAAAACAAAACCAGAUGCCAUUGUUCCUUGAACACAUGGUUCUGGCAGGUCUUUUGGAGGCUAUGGUAGGUCCAAAAGAAACCUAGAUCCACUUUCUCAGACUUCUGCUAUUGCCAAUAGUCAAGAAAGAGAUUCAAAAGCAAGUCCCUCCAGAUUAUGAUCCUGUAGAAGAUCUUUUAAGAAGGGGUCAGUGGGAGAUUUUCCAUUGGUUGAUGCAGACGCAGGAGGUGAUAAGGAACAUAUGUUUCUUGCUUUGGCAGUAAGUAGCGGUUGGAGAUGGUUUCAAAGAGUACGGUUCUGUCUGAAAAUAUUGACAGGCGAUUGUGGGGUCUAAAGAAGAGGCAAAAAGUAAUCAUGGUAAACGAGUGGUUGAAGGUGAAAGAUGCUGAUGUUACUUCCAUAGAAAAUAUCCUCCUCCAUGCUUAUAUGAAAUUUCUAACGGUAGUUAACGUUUUGUUUGUUACUCAUUUGUAGAUUCAGUGUAAUUUUAUUCUAACGAGUAGUUGAGUUUAUUAGUUGAUUGUUUAGCUCCCUCCACACCUCAGAGAGAGGCUCAGGAGCUUUAUAUUUGUAACUUGUAUACAACAAAAACUUUUAUUUAAAAAUAAUAUGAUUUCAAC